GGGGAAAGAAAAGAAAGUGUAGUGGGGGAAGGUAGAAUAGCCUAUGAUUAUCAACCGACUUCAGUAUGCUCGAAAUUUUUUAGUUUUGAUGGAUAGCGAUUCGUUUUUUUUCUGAAUACACAAAUGCACGGGCUUGCCCGUUUUCCCGACGGUAUCCGCGGCAAGUGAAAACGGCGUGCUCGGCGUAGGUAAGAUGCAUCUCCAUUCGACAAGUCACCUGAAGGUUCCCCUCAUUUAAUUGGCCUACAUAACCACUCCGACAAUUAUGAACCUGCAAACGCUCUUUCAGGAUUUCAAUCCGAGUAAAUUUCUGGUGCACACCUGCCUGAUGAUAUUUACCUCUCUGUUCGCACUUCGACUGGAUGGCUUUAUCGAAUGGAGUUAUUGGUCGAUAUUCAGUCCAAUAUGGUUCUGGAAAGGCAUGGUGAUCCUGGGGGCUAUAGUUGGAAGUUACGUCUGGUGGAGGCAUCCUCAUGCAAGAUUAGAAGGGGAUGCUUAUGUACAUUAUAAAGCAAUGCUGAUCACCUUGGCAUUGCAUUUGAUUUUAUUGAUGUUUGAAUUGUUAGUAUGCGACAAAUUAGAAUCCGAAAGGCAUUUAUGGAUAUUGGUAUUCAUACCUUUGAUUUUCAUCUCAAUUGUGUCGAUUGCGGUUUGCAUCUGGGCUGUAAAACAUGAUCGAUCAUUUGAACUGGAAUUGUUUUGCGCAGUGAAUGUAUUACAAUUUAUUUUUCUGGCUUUGAGAUUAGAUGGUUUUAUAACAUGGAGCUGGGAAGUUGUGUUCGUGCCACUAUGGGCUCUUCUCUGUUUAUCCUUAGUAGCUGUUUUAUAUGCGGUAGUGUUUGCCGCUGUUUUAUUGAGAACGCCGCAGAUCAAUGCCCGUCAGAGGCGGACAUCUCUGAACUCGGCAGUGGCGUACACAUUUCUUGUUGUUCCCAUUGUAGUGUUUCAGGUACUGCUAGCAAAUAAGUUAGACGGAGAUAUUUCAAUAAAUUACACAACAGUGGCGAUGCCACUUCUCCUAUCGCACAUGACUCUUAUUUUUAUGUCUUUUGGUGCAAAGGGCGGAAAUAGAUGGUGGUUUGGUAUCAGAAAAGACUUUUGUCACUUCCUGCUAGGUUUAUGUCCAUUGCUUCAAGAAUAUGGUAAUAUUUCAUAUCAACCAAGAGACGAGCGAGAUCAACCACCAUCUGAACCAAUGAUUACGGAAAAGGGUGAAAAGCUUAUUAAGAAAAUCGACCUAAUGAAACCUGUUGUGCCUAUAAUCUCUAUAGACAUGCCUGACUGAUUGGCUCAAACAGGAUUAGCUCGGAUAUUUUUAAA